AUGGCCGCGCUUGCUCCGCUGCCCCCGCUGCCCCCCCAAUUUAAGAGCAUACAGCAUCAUCUGAGGACAGCGCAGGAGCAUGACAAGAGGGACCCUGUGGUGGCCUAUUACUGUCGUUUAUAUGCAAUGCAAACUGGAAUGAAGAUUGAUAGUAAAACUCCUGAAUGUCGUAAAUUUUUAUCAAAACUAAUGGAUCAGUUAGAGGCUCUUAAGAAGCAGUUGGGUGAUAAUGAGGCUAUUACUCAAGAAAUAGUUGGUUGUGCCCAUUUGGAGAAUUAUGCUUUGAAAAUGUUUUUGUAUGCAGAUAAUGAAGAUCGUGCUGGACGAUUUCACAAAAACAUGAUCAAGUCCUUCUAUACCGCAAGUCUUUUAAUAGAUGUCAUAACAGUAUUUGGAGAACUCACUGAUGAAAAUGUGAAACACAGAAAGUAUGCACGAUGGAAAGCAACAUAUAUCCAUAAUUGUUUAAAGAAUGGUGAGACUCCACAAGCCGGACCUGUUGGAAUUGAUGAAGAUAAUGAUGUUGAAGAAAAUGAAGAUGCUGGAGCAACCUCCCUGCCCUCCCCACCACCUCAGCCAUCAUCCUCCGGUUAUGACCCAAGCAGCAUACCCCCCGGUAGUUAUACGGGGAUUCAGAUUCCUCCCGGGGCACAUGCACCAGCUAAUACACCAGCAGAGGUGCCUCACAGCGCAGGAGACAUCCGUCUAACACCAGAGGACUUUGCUAGAGCUCAGAAGUACUGUAAAUACGCUGGCAGUGCUUUGCAGUAUGAAGAUGUAAGCACCGCUGUGCAGAAUCUACAGAAGGCUCUCAAGUUACUGACUACAGGCCGAGAAUAA